GAAAUUGUGUAGUCCACUUUAUACAUUUGCAAUGUAUAUUGUUGUUCCAUUGUGUGUAUAUCAUUUCGUUUGGUUUUUGACUCAUCAUUUGUUGUUGUUGUUUUUUUUUUGUUCAAAAAAUUAUGAAUUAUGUAAUCUCCAGUCAUUAGUUUUAAAAUUGGAAAAAUAACUGGAUUAAGAAUUUGCAUCAACAAUCAAUUUCGAUUUCUUCAAGAAUCUUUUCAUUAAUCAUAUUCGGGAAAAUUCCCCUGAAUAUUCUUCACAUUGAAAAUUUGGCCUUAGAAAUUGGCGUAAACAAGGCUAAGAAAAACAAAAAUGGCCGACACAAUACCGUCGGAUAAGAUUAAUUUACGUUUAAUAAUGCCAGCAUAUGGUGAAAGUGGUAAAGCAAAAGAUUUUAUAUUCUCACCAAGUGAUUCGGCUGCAGAUAUAGCUCAAUAUGUUUUCAAUCAUUGGCCUAGCGAUUGGGCCGAUCAAGCUGUACCAAAACCGGAAAUAUUAAGAUUAAUUUUUCAAGGCAGAUUUCUGCAUGGAAAUGUAACAUUAGGAAUUUUACAAUUACCAUUAGGCAAAACGACAGUUAUGCAUCUAGUGCCCAGAGAACAUCUGCCUAAAGUCAAUUCACAAGAUAUUUGUCCGAAAAGCAAAGAUAGAAGCAGUGGAUGUUGUAGUUGUUUAGGAUCAUGUUCAAUACUCUAACGUUGCCUCUAUUACUCAAAUGUGUUAAGAAUUGAUAAAACGGAAACGAACAACGAUCUACAGAAUGAAAU